AUGUUAACUCUAAAAGGAGGAAGCCGGCCACCAUGGGUAGGUUUAGGAGCAUCAGUUUGGGUUCAAAUUGCAUCAGGAAACACCUUUACUCUUCCUCUUUACUCACACUCUUUGAAAUUUGUCUUGGGUUUCAACCAAAGACAAGUUACACUCCUUGGUGUUGCUAAUGAUAUUGGAGAAAAUGUUGGCUUGCUUCCCGGAAUCGCUUGCAAUAGACUCCCGCCUUGGCUUAUACUUUCUGUCGGUGCUUUUACUUCUUUGGUUGGUUAUGGUAUUCUUUGGCUUGCUGUUACCCAAACACUCCCUAAUCUUCCUUACUUACUGCUUUGGUUUGCCCUUGUUAUUGCUUCCAACGGUAGUGCGUGGUUAACCACCUUGGUUCUAGUAGCCAGCAUGAGAAAUUUCCCUGUUAGUCGAGGCAAAGUGGCGGGAAUCCUGAAAGGUUAUGGAGGGCUUAGUGCUGCGGUUUUCACUCAAAUUUACAGUGUGCUGCUUCAUAACGAUUCUUCUAAGUUCCUCAUGUUGCUGACAAUUGGUAUUCCAGUUGUUUGUUUCAGUAUGAUGUUUCUGGUUAGGCCUUGUACACCGGCUUUGGAUGAAGACUCCUCAUCUAGUUCUCAUUUUAUCUUUAUCCAAUGUGCUAGUGUCAUCUUGGGUGUAUAUCUUCUGCCACCAUAA